CUGGCUGUCGUGGGCUCCCCCUACUGGAUGGCGCCGGAAGUGCUGAGAGGAGAAGUUUAUAAUGAAAAGGUGGACGUGUUUGCGUACGGCAUCAUCUUGUGUGAGGUCAUCGCCCGGAUUCAGGCGGACCCCGACAUCCUGCCGCGCACCGAGGACUUUGGCCUGGACGUGGAGGCCUUCCAGCAGAUGGUGGGGGACUGCCCCCCCGACUUCCUGGACCUGGCCAUCGCCUGCUGCAACAUGGGCGCGGGGCUCCGCCCCUCCUUCUCUCAGAUCGUGGUGGAGCUGCGGAGGCAGUCGGGCGCCGGGCGCCGUCCCCCAGAGGCUCUGGCCGGAGCCGCCCCCCCGUUGGUGGACCCGUCUCGCCGGCGGUCCCUGUGCCUCCUGUUGGACCCCCGUCUCUCCCGGAGCAAGUCGGACAUGCUCCGCCCCCCGGAGACGCCGUCGCCGGGCGCCGUUGCCAUGGCGCCGCCCGCCCGGGUCAACCCCUUCUCGCAGCGCGAGGACCUCAAGGGGGGCAAGAUCAAGCUGUUCGACACGCCCAGCAAGUCGGUCAUCUCGCUGACCUUCGCGCUGCCGCCGCCGCCAUAUUGCGAGGCGUUGCCGUCGGCGACGCACGCCGCCGCCGGCGACCCGUCCCGGAGGCACCGGCGCUGCCACUCGCUGCCCUGCACCCCCCCGCCGCACCUCACGGCGCCGCCGGCCGGCCUGGAGGAGGCGUCGGAGGGGUUGGAGGCGUUGGAGGCGGAGCCUAGCAGCUCGCCAAAUAACGGCGAGGGGCGCCGGCGAAUGGCGUGCGACUCGGGGCUGCCGCCAUCGCUAGACCUGGACCAGGAUCAAGAUCUGGAUCAGGAUCUGGACCAGGACCAGGAGGAGCCGAUGGACUGCAGCAGCUCCCCGGACACGCAGGACCUGAGCUCGCCGUCCCGCUCCUCGCCGGCGUGCUCCUCCUCCUCGCCGCCGUUGCCGUUGGCGCCCUCCCACUCCUCCACGCCGUUUUCCAACGGUUGGGGUUCGGCCAUUUCCAACGGGCCCCCCUCCCUCCCGCCGCUUGCCCGUCUGGACAACCGGGAAACCCGUCCUCUGAACUGGAGCGCCGUUGGUGUUGUUGGUGGUGUUGUUGGUGGCGUUGCCGUUGGCAACAACAAUGGCUUCCACUCGCCCCCGUCGCCCGGCGACCCGGCAGGCUCCUCCCCCUUCGGCUCGGGCAGUGGCCUCUCCCUGGACCAGGAGGAGGUGGUUUCCUGCCCCGGCUGCUGCCUGGCGGGUUUCCGGUUCCCGUCCGUGUGUCUGCGGGCGCCGCCCCGCCGGAACCGCUACAAGAACCUCAACGGCGAGCACGCCGCCGCCGCCGCCGCCAACCGCGGGCUGCUCUGCACGCCGCCGCCCAGGGGGGCGCCACCGCCGCCGUCACCGUCCCCGCCGCCGUCGCCCGGCAACAGCAGCAGCGGCGGCCUGGAGCCCCGGCUCCGCCUCUAG